CAUUAAGUCCUGGUGAUUGUUAUACAUACUCUGUAAUAAAAACGUCUUUAAAAUCAUUUUAAUCAGUCACGCAUGAAUUCAUAUCUACUUUCCUUCUAGAAGUUUUUAAUUUAAGCAAUUUUUAUUUUCAGAAAGCUCCUCAUAUCCUCCUAAUUGGUGUUACAAUUAUGAGGAUGCCUUGUGCAAUAUUCUUCUACAUUUGGCGGCCAUUGUUUCAGAUUAUGAGUUAACUAGAUUACUUCUACAAAAGGGAGCCGAUGUUACAAGUAUACAAGGAUUUCAACAAACAGUUUUGCAUACUGCUUGCACGAAAGACUCUUUAGAAAUUGUUAAGUUGAUAGCUGAGAAAUCGCCGGCAUCUAUUUUUGACACACGUAAUCUUUAUUGUGAGACUCCUUUGGAACUGGCUUGUUCAUUCGGCAGACCAGAAACAGUUCAAUUCCUUUUAUCAAUAGGCUGCAGUGUGGUUGUAAAAGACUCCCUACGUUGUCCUCUACUGUGUGCUCUAUAUAAUGACCGACAAUAUGGAACUGCAAUAGCAUCUGUGCUUUUAGACGCUGGAGCAAACAUUAACCAUCCCCAUCCUUAUUUGGGAACACCGCUGAUUGCUGCUAUAUUACAGUCUGCUCUGAAAAUGUCAUCCACUGCGGAUCUAGACUUAUCACAUGAUCUUCUGUGGCUUAACAGGCUACCUGAACUUUUGGUAACACCUUUGAUGCCUCUUGUAAUACCGUUCAUUCUGGAACAGCGACCUGCAGGAGAUCCCAUUAUGGAUCAAAAUUAUCCAUAUGCAGAUUUCUGUACGCUGUUGUUAGACAGCGGAUGUGAUAUUAAUGCUGCUGAUAAGUUUCAUGGUGUAACAGCUCUGCAUGUUGCAGUAAGACUAAACAAUGAAAUUUUAGUUCGGAAACUCCUUAUUCGUGGAAGUGACAUCGACAGACGUGACAGUAAUGGUUUUGCUCCAUUAAACUACGCAUGCCUACAGGGAAGCCAGAGACUAGUGGAUUUGCUUAUAGCUUCCGGUGCUAAUUUACGUACCCAAGAUUGGGAAGCUACUCUCGGAGAGUGGAGAAGAUCGGAAGAAUUAAAUGACAAAAAUAGUCAGCUGUUAAAUUACAUUAUUUAUCAGUCGAAACAGUGUCUAACCUUAGAAAAUCUGUGUAAUAUAAUUAUUAGAAAAAAUACUAGAAAUGUGGGGGAAAAUGCCAUUAAACUUGGAAUGCCAUCAUUAUUGGUAAAACGUCUACUAUUUAAAGAUUGAUAGAAUUAUGUAACAUGAUUUAUGAGCAUAAGACUGCACUUGAGCAUAAGAUUGUACGUUAUUUCUGAUUAUGAUUAAAUUUCUGUGAUAUAAAAUUUAAUAAAAAGAGAAAAAUAU